UGGAACUGAAGUUGAUGUAAAUUCACUGAGUGUUUCUGGUUUAUCUCUCAGACUGACUGAAGGCCAGAAGAUGGAGGAAGAGGAGGACAGAGUCAGCUGUCUGUCUAUGAAGAGUGACAGGUCCAAAGAUCAUUCUCCAAACUUCAGUGGAGAACCUGGACCCUCAGACACAAAAGAGAGGAAGAGGAGUCAUGUUUCUGUGGAGGAGCAGUUGUCCUGCUGUGCUUUGUGUCAGGACGUCCUGAAGGAUCCAGUCACAAGCAGCUGUGGACACUGGAUCUGCAGACAGUGCAUCAUCUCGUACUGGGACCAGUCUGCUUCAUCAGGACACUCCUCCUGUCCCCAGUGUGGGAAAAGAUCCAAAACAAAUGAUGUUUGUCUGCAGGAGGUUUUAGAUGAACAUAAGAUCAGUCUGAGGAGGAGAUGUGAACGUGUGACUGAAGGAACUGAUGUAACAGGAAGAGGAACCCUCCUCAACAGGAUCUACACUGAGCUCUACAUCACAGAGGGACAGAGUGAAGAGGUUAAUACCCAACAUGAGGUGAAGCAGCUUGAGACAGCUUCCAAGAUGAAGGCCCUCCAUGACACUCCAAUCAGGUGCCACGACAUCUUUAAAGCCUUACCUGACCAACAGACACACAUCAGACUGGUUAUGACCUACGGCGUCGCUGGUGUUGGAAAAACCUUCUCAGUGCAGAAGUUCACUCUGGACUGGGCAGAGGGUUUGGAAAACCAAGAUGUCAGUGUGGUGAUUGUGCUUUCGUUCAGGGAGCUGAACUUGAUCAAAGAUGAGCAGUACAGUCUUCUCAGGCUGCUCCAUGUUUUCCAUCCAACAUUACAGAAGGUCACAGCAGAGCAGCUGGCUGUCUGUAAACCUUUGUUCAUCUUUGACGGCCUGGAUGAAAGCAGACUUUCACUGGACUUCAACAACCGUGAGGUUGUGUCCGAUGUCACACAGGAAGCAUCAGUCAACGUGCUGCUGACGAACCUCAUCAAGGGGAAGCUGCUUCCCUCGGCUCUGGUCUGGAUCACUUCCAGACCUGCAGCAGCCAAUCAGAUCCCUCCUACAUGUGUUGACAGGGUAACAGAAAUACGAGGCUUCACUGACGCCCAGAAGGAGGAGUACUUCAGGAAGAGGUUCAGUGAUAAAGAGCUGUCCAGCAGAAUCAUCUCCCACAUCAAGACCUCCAGGAGCCUCCACAUCCUGUGUGGAGUCCCAGUCUUCUGCUGGAUCACUGCUACAGUUCUGGAGCACAUGUUGAGUACAGAGCAGAGAGGAGAGCUGCCCAAGACCCUGACUGACAUGUACUCACACUUUGUGAUGGUUCAGACAAAGAGGAAGAAGAACAAGUACCAAGAUGGACAUGAGACGAGUCCACAGGAGCUGAUGGAGGCUGACAGGGAAGUUCUUCUGAAGCUGGGGAGGCUGGCGUUUGAACAUCUGGAGGAAGGAAACAUCAUGUUCUACCAAGAAGACCUGGAGUGCUGUGGUCUGGAUGUGACAGAGGCCUCAGUGUACUCAGGAGUUUGUACAGAGAUCUUCAAAAGAGAGAGUGUGAUCUUCCAGAAAUCAGUCUACUGCUUUGUUCAUCUGAGCGUUCAGGAGUUUCUGGCUGCAGUCUACAUGUUCCACUGUUACACCAACAAGAAGAGAGAGGUACUGAAGAACUUCCUGGGGAGAGACCACCAGAUCUCCGCUAAGUCUCUGGAUAGCUUCCUAUGUGGAGCCAUGAAGAAAUCCCUGCUCAGUACAAAUGGUCACCUGGACCUGUUUGUUCGCUUCCUUCAUGGCCUCUCUCUGGAGUCCAACCACAGACUCUUAGGAGGUCUGCUGGGUCAGACAGAGAACAGUCCAGAGAUCAUCCAGAGAGCCAUCAACAAGCUGAAGAAUAUGAGGAAUGAUAACAUGUCUCCUGACAGAAGCAUCAACAUCUUCCACUGUCUGAUGGAGAUGAAUGACCUCUCAGUUCAUCAGAAGAUCCAAGAGUUCCUGAAGUCAGAGAAGAGAUCAGAGAUGAAACUCUCUGUGAUCCAGUGCUCAGCUCUGGCCUACAGGCUGCAGAUGUCAGAGGAGGUUCUGGAUGAGUUGGACCUGAAGAAGUACAACACAACAGAGGAGGGACGUCGGAGACUGAUCUCAGCUGUGAGGAACUGCAGAGAGGCUCAAUUUACUGGAUGUGGACUCUCAGAGACUCACUGUGAAGUUGUGUCCUCAGCUCUGAAGUCCAACCCUUCCUAUCUGACAGAGCUGGACAUGAGUGAUAAUAUCCUGGAGGAUUCAGGAGUGAAGCAUCUGUCUGCUGGACUGGAGAGUCCAAACUGUAGACUGGAGACUCUGAGAUUGAAGAGCUGCAGUUUGUCAGAGAUCAGCUGUGAUUUUCUGGGACCAGCUCUGAAGUCCAACCCCUCCCAUCUGAAACAUCUGGACCUGAGUGACAACAACUUGAAGGAUUCAGGAGUGAAGCAGCUGUGUGGUUUUCUGGAGAGUCCAGACUGUAGACUGGAGACUCUGAGUUUGGAGAACUGCUGGUUGACAGAGAUCAGCUGUGAUUCUCUGGUCUCAGCUCUGAAGUCCAACCCCUCCCAUCUGAAACAUCUGGACCUGACUAACAACAACCUGAAGGAUUCAGGAGUGAAGCAGCUCUGUGGUUUUCUGGAGAGUCCAGACUGUAGACUGGAGACUCUGAGAUUGAACAGCUGCAGUUUGUCAGAGAUCAGCUGUGAUUCUCUGGUCUCAGCUCUGAAGUCCAACCCCUCCCAUCUGAAACAUCUGGAGCUGACUAACAACAACUUGAAGGAUUCAGGAGUGAAGCAGCUGUGUGGUUUUCUGGAGAGUCCAGACUGUAGACUGGAGACUCUGGGAUUGAAGAGCUGCAGUUUGUCAGAGAUCAGCUGUGAUUCUCUGGGACCAGCUCUGAAGUCCAACCCCUCCCAUCUGAAACAUCUGGACCUGAGUCUCAACAACCUGAAGGAUUCAGGAGUGAAGCAGCUGUGUGGUUUUCUGGAGAGUCCAGACUGUAGACUGGAGACUCUGAGAUUGAAGAGCUGCUGGUUGACAGAGAUCAGCUGUGAUUCUCUGGUCUCAGCUCUGAAGUCCAACCCCUCCCAUCUGAAACAUCUGGACCUGAGAGGAAACAACCUGAAGGAUUCAGGAGUGAAGCAGCUGUGUGGUUUUCUGGAGAGUCCAGACUGUAGACUGGAGACUCUGAGGUCAGUUCACUGUCUGUUACUGUUGUAGAUCUGAUGUUUGAUUUAUUUUCAUGUAUAACUUCAUAGUGUUGGGGUGGCAGCUACUACAGGACCAGCAGGUGUUGAAGAUGACUCCAGUUUGAAAACCACUGAUUUGUGGCUCAUUGGUUGUUGUUGGAUUAUUCAGUUCAGUUCCAUUUUAUUUAUAUAGUGUCAAUAACUUUCUCAAGAUGCUUUCCAACACAUGUCCUGAACCCCCAGAGCAGCACUAAUGCAACGGUGGCAAGAAAUAAUCUCAACAAAAGGAAACCUUGAACAGAACCAUAACCUCAGACUCAUCUGGAGAGAGACACAAACAUACAUCUGUCAUAUGUCAUGACCUGACUCUAGUGGUCACAACAACAGGAAGACACACCAGGAGAUUAAAGAAUACUUUACCAAACCACAUUCAGACUCAACCAGAGGUGGGUAGAGUGGCCAAAAAUGAUACUCAAGUAAAAGUACUGUUACUUCAGAAUAAUAUGACUCAAGUAAAAGUAAAAAGUAGUCAUCCAAAUAAUUACUUGAGUGAGAGUAAAAAAGUGCUAGGUGAAAACAUUACUCAAGUACUGAGUGACUGUUGUGUAACAUCUGAUUUAUUUGUUAACACAAGCGUUCAAUCAGACAAAAAUA